CGCGCGCCACCUUCGCUGACCCGGAAGUUCUCGCCUCAGUUAAAGGCCUCAGCCCGCGGUGCGCGGCCUCUUCCUGUCUGUGCCUGGUCGGCGCGUGGUCUACGACGAACGAUCGAGACACCUAGGCUGUGCCUUCAGGAUGACAGAGUGGGAAACAGCUGCACCUGCAGUAGCAGAGACCCCCGACAUCAAGCUCUUUGGGAAGUGGAGCACCGACGACGUGCAGAUCAAUGACAUUUCCCUGCAGGAUUACAUUGCUGUCAAGGAGAAGUACGCCAAGUACCUGCCCCACAGCGCGGGCCGCUAUGCGGCCAAGCGCUUCCGCAAGGCACAGUGCCCCAUCGUGGAACGCCUCACCAACUCCAUGAUGAUGCACGGCCGCAACAAUGGCAAGAAGCUUAUGACCGUGCGCAUCGUCAAGCACGCCUUCGAGAUCAUCCACCUGCUCACUGGCGAGAACCCCCUGCAGGUCCUGGUGAACGCCAUCAUCAACAGCGGCCCCCGGGAGGACUCUACCCGCAUUGGGCGAGCUGGAACAGUGAGGCGGCAGGCUGUGGAUGUGUCCCCACUGCGCCGUGUGAAUCAGGCCAUUUGGCUGCUGUGCACCGGUGCCCGGGAGGCCGCCUUCCGGAACAUCAAGACCAUUGCCGAGUGCCUGGCGGAUGAACUCAUCAACGCAGCCAAGGGCUCCUCCAACUCCUACGCCAUCAAGAAGAAGGAUGAGCUGGAGCGCGUGGCCAAGUCUAACCGCUGAUCACUGGCUGCAGCUGCAAUAAACCUGUUUGCCCUGUGGGGCAGCCCCUU